AUGGAAUCAUCAACUCCAACUAUUGAUAACAAGCAUUUAUUGUCGUUAAACAACAGAGAGGACACGAUGAAAUUAAACAUGGAAAUAGUUUCAAGCGAACAUGAAGUUAAAAGGUCAGAUCAACGCGCUUUGUUAAAUGAAAGAGAAUUGCAAAUUGAAAUUUCCUUACGAGUAAUUGAAACAUCAAUGAAUACAUCAGUUUAG